CUUUAUUUGACCUUUCUAUAUAUCUUGACCUUUUUCUCUCCAAACAUUUCAUCAGAUCCUUUGUUGCUUCUGUCUUCCUUUUCAUGUGUCUUCAAUGGCGGUUUUACCAAGUAGCAUCUCCAGCUUGGAAUUGACCAUAUCUGUCCCUGGCUUUGGUUCUUCGUCAACUUUUGUUCCUUCACCAUCUGUGAAAGAAUUGGACAUCAACCAAGUACCUCUGGAAGAAGAUUGGAUGGCACCAAACGUGGAGGACGAAGAUGAAAGCAGCAAUGGAGACCCUCCUCGCAAGAAACUCCGUCUCACAAAGGACCAGUCUCGUCUCCUUGAAGAAAACUUCAAACAAAACCACACUUUGAACCCAAAGCAGAAAGAGACUUUGGCAAUGAAGCUGAAGCUGCGACCAAGGCAAGUGGAGGUGUGGUUUCAGAACCGUAGGGCCAGGAGCAAGCUGAAGCAGACAGAGAUGGAGUGCGAGUACCUGAAGAGGUGGUUCGGAACACUGACGGAGCAGAACCGAAGGCUUCAGAAGGAAGUUGAGGAACUGAGGGCAAUGAAGGUGGGUCCACCAACCGUUAUAUCGCCUCACUACUCAUACCCUCUUCCAGCUUCAACCCUAACCAUGUGUCCGCGCUGUGAGCGCGUCACUACCACCACUGUUGUCGCUACCACCACCAUUGCAGACACUGUCCUGCCGUCUGCGACUUGUUGACCCCGUGGCUCCUAUUCUCCCGCACGCCAACUUAUCUAAUCAGAUACAGUGCGGGAACUAAUAAACCUAAAGUUAGGAAACUAAAGCAAGUGAAAAUAUAUAUUAGACAAAUUAGUUAAUAUGGUUUUAUUUAUAGUCUUUACAAACAAAAUGGGUCAUUUUGGAGACCCUGGGGAACCUUUAUUAGUUCUUUAGUUUAGUAUUAUUAUUAUUAUUAUUAUUAUUAUUAUUAGUAUUUCUUUUCAAUGA